UGUCAAAGGAGGGUUAUUACGUCGCUCUUCCCGUGCACUCAUCCACGUGGCUCCCAACAAACGUAAACAGAUCUCUCACUAUCUUCCAGGACUGUGGUAAAUCCCGUGUGCCUGAGAUAGAACACGGAAGACCUGAGAAAGGUCAAGCUAGACGUGAGAAAGCUCAAGACAAACCUGAGAAAAUCCAAGAUAGGCCCGAAAAAGAUCAAAAUAGCCCUGGGAAGGAUCAAACUAGACGUGAGAAAGCUCAGGACCUGAGAAAGGUCAAAAAAGACCAGAGAAUUAUCACGAUAGACUUAAGAAACAUCAAGAGAUCUGAAAAGAAGCUCAAGACAGAUUUGGAAAGCUAUCUUAGGAGUAAGACAGAGGGCGGAAGAGGAUAUUGUGUGUGAAGAAGGUGUUUGCGAUCCCACGAGGAGCAAUGAGGCGAUCGUCGUUCUGAAAUAUUGUCCCCAGAGUGUCUUCCAAGAUGACGAUGAAGCCAGCGCCAGAGACGGAACGCAACACCAGCCCUCAGGACUGCGCAGGAUGUGGCAAGCGUAUCAAUGACAGGUACUUGCUGAAGGCGCUGGAGAUGUUCUGGCACGAGGAUUGUCUCAAGUGUGGAUGCUGCGACUGUCGUCUGGGUGAGGUGGGAUCCACACUCUUCACCAAGGGUAACCUCAUCUUGUGUCGCAGAGAUUAUCUCAGACUGUUCGGAACGACCGGGUACUGCUCGGCGUGUUCCAAGGUGAUCCCGGCUUUCGAAAUGGUUAUGAGAGCCAGGAACAAUGUUUACCACCUGGAGUGUUUUGCCUGUCAACAGUGUAACCACAGGUUCUGCGUGGGCGACAAGUUCUACCUGUGUGACAACAAAAUCCUGUGUGAGUAUGACUACGAGGAGAGGCUGGUGUUCGCCUCGAUGGCCUGUACACCGUCCUCACUAGCUCAGCUCAAGAGACAGAUUGGUGGAUUAGAGGGUCCGGCGAUCAUUGACGACACCCGUAAAGGCAAUACGACCGCCAGUUCGACCCCCGCCACAGCCCCACUCCACAACCCUGCCCUCCACCACCACCACCACCACCCCACCACCACACCAACGCAGCAACAGCAACAACAACAGCAGCCACAGCAGCUACAGCCACAACAGCAAACGCAGCUCAUGCAACAGCAACAGCAGCAGCAACAGGGACAGCAACAGCAGCAGGGACAAGCGCAGCAGCAGCAAGGGCAACCACCACCGACAGCGCCCCAACAGCGACCCAUGGUUACGUGAUGCCCCCAGUACCACCACCACUACCACCAUCACUACCACUAUCCUCAAUACCACAACCACCUGCCCAUUG